CGAAUCAGCUGACAGGAGUGCGGAAGUGUAGUACUCUUGUAUAUUUACAUAUGCAGGUCGUAGCUGCGGCAUAGUGGUACUUUCAAACAAACCGUAUAUAAAAUAGAGAAUUGUGGCUGGGCAGCUUGAAUAGUCGUGAAAAUAAAGCAAACGACAUUUAAGACUUUUUAGAAAUUAGAACGUCAGUGAUGGCAAGUAACGAUUUAGGCAUCGUUGUUGAUGGAACUCAAGUGUCUUAUAUUGGUCAAGACUGUGAAAGUAUUCCAGAAUUUCUUGGUAGGAAAUACGGACACUUCACAAAGCGUCUCGAUCUUAGUUUCAAUCUACUACGGUCAUUGGAAGGACUGGAAGAAUUCAUCUGUCUGGAAGAGCUAAUCCUGGACAACAAUCUUCUCAGAAAUGACCUGCAGUUGCCUAGGUUACCACACCUUCAUACCCUCACAAUCAACAAGAACCAAAUAACCGAAUUAGACAGCCUUUUGGAUCAUUUAGCUGAAGUGGUGCCUUGGCUUAAGUACCUCAGCCUCCUAGGAAAUGAAGCCUGUCCCAAUGAACUUGUUAGUUUGGACAACGAUGAAAGUGACUAUCAAAGAUACAGAUAUUUUAUCCUUCACAAAUUGCCAAAACUGAAGUUCCUAGAUGCAAAAAAAGUUACAAAAAAGGAAUAUGCGGAAGCAGCAACCAGAGGUGCCUUCAUGAAAGUGGUGAAACCCAAAGAUGAUCUGACCUCCACUGAUUUUGGCUCCAGUUCAUCAGGUUUUCAACAAUAUACCCCAUUGCCUCAAGGAAGUCGAGAUGGCACUGAUCACAAAGGUGUUUUUGCAAAGUGUCGCUAUGUAUAUCAUGGAAGGCACUCGGAGGGGAACAGAUUCAUCCGUGAUGACCAGCUUUAAGAACAGUUCUGCCACACUGCCUGCUUUCACUGCUAUACAAGAUAUAUGCACACAUUGUAUUUAAAGCCAAAGACUUAUCCAAAUACAAAGAAACACAGAGAAUACAUCCUUAGCCUGCUAGUGUCUUCUGCUCACUUUGCCAUGCCUGUCAAGAUCAACCUUUCAGUCUAGUCUGAGCAGGCACAUAGAGAUUGACAUGAUUGCCUUUAAGCAGGUCCCUUCUAUCGCCAUGACAGACAGCUGCACUGAGGCUGUAUGCCUGACAGGAUGAGCCUCAUGAUGGAUUGCCUGGUACAACUGCUGCUCGUGGGAGGGCAGAGGUCACACCUGAGGUUGAACUGAGCAUGCCUAUUGCAUCACACCAAGUUCCAGAAAGUCACAUUAAACCCUUACUGCACUCAUUACAAUGACUUGUUGUUGAGUAAUGAGAAAAUUUUGUUCCAUUUUAUAGAUGGCCAUGGACAAGAUGAAAUGAAUAGUCAUAUUAAACCGUAAAUCCCAUUGACUGACCAACAUUAUUUCAGGGACUUUAUCUUGAUUUAUCUUUUGCCUUAUGGGUCUUAUUUUGAGGUUAGGAAGAUUAAAUAUCAGCUCCAUUAGAUGAGAUUCUCUUUUUAACUUUGAUCAGUGAUGGUUCACGAACAAAAUUGACAACUCUAGCUAGCUGAAUAGAUUGUACUUAUAUUUCUGUGUGGCUUUGACUUUUGAUGUAUUGAAAACAAGUCUCCCUUUCCCACAACUUUUUUUCUUAGCAGCAGAUCAUUUCCGAACCAUUUUUUUUAAUUUUACACUUGCUGUCUUGUACUGAAUUUGAGUGGGAUUUGCAAUUUACUACUGUUGUAAAGGAUAGAGAAUUUAUUUUGGUAGAGGGAGGUCAUCCUUUUCUGUGUUAUAACCCAUUCAGUUUGGAUUAGAUGUUUUUGCAAAAGACUUCAGUUAUUUUUGGUGCAACCGAUGCAGCAACUAGAUAAUCUGACAACAUUAAAUGCUCAUGUUUUCUACAAAAUAUGCCAUUAUAUUUGGAUACUCUUGUUCAGCACUGAAUUUAAUAGUGUUUUGCUAUGUUUAUACUGUAUGAUGUUUGGUUUUUCUACAAGGAUAAAUUUUUAUAUUUUAUGUAGUGACCAAGCAUUUCAAUGUACACGUUUUUCUACAAAGUACAGCAUUGUGGUUUUGUCAUAUUCGUUGCAGUAACUAAACAUUUGGAAGCAAAUUUUUUGUACAUAACUUUUCUGCGUUCUUAUUUAAAUACUGACAAUGUUCCAAAAAUCUCGAGUUUGCAGUUUUUCAGUGGAUCCAUUGGAAACAUUGAACAGUGAUGAGCAAAAUUUAUAAUAAAGCAGAUAGCCAGUCUAAACAGUAUGCAAUUAUUUCAAGUUCUAUUUACACAUGCUAAGAAUAUUAUGUUACUUUGUUUGGAUUUAAAAACUAACAAAGUAAUUUCUUAUAUUAUUAAUCUGUGCCUGACACACAUUGCAGUAACUUACAUUCCCACUUUUUGCAAAGCAUACUUAAAGCAGUUUGUUAUUUAGCUCUGAUAAUUGUUUGCUUUCUUAUCAAAAUAAAAGCAUUCACUGAAUUGUU